UUCCUGUAUAACUACAGAGUAGUAUCGCCACAUUUGUCAUAGAUGAAGGCAAGACCCGAGAAAAGCCGCUUGUGGUGAUUGGUGCCCACAGCGGCCCCACACACAUUUACUACUCUUUUUGGAAAGAAAUGCCCCACUAGGGCUGGAGUAUGUCGUGCAUUUCUCGACCUCAUUAUCCGGUUCUUCAAGUCAAUGCUGGAGAUGAGGUAUCGCCAGAGGCUUAUAAAUACUACUCAUCCCCUUCUGGAUCUGUUCAAUCUUCAUUCAAGCAAGUAUUUUAUAAAAGCACUUCUAAUCUCAUCAAUUGGUCCCAACUUCAGAAGUCUUCUUGAACCCUCCGAUUACCAUGUCAUCCACCAGAGCAGCUCAAGUGGAAGAAUACGGCUGGACAGCGGUGUCCUGCAACCCUCAGCAGCGUGCUGUUACAAGGCCACCUAACAAGGCUUCCGUUCCUCAGUUGGUCAAAGAUACACCUCUUCCUAAUACUACUCUCGUCAAAGAUUCCAUAGAAUAUGUGAAGGCAGAGCUACCAGCCCACACAUUCAACCACAGUAUGCGUGUCUACUAUUACGGCCUUGCAAUCGCCAGACAACACUUCCCAGAAUGGAAAUUCAGCGACGAAACCUGGCUGCUCACCUGCCUCUUCCACGACAUUGGCACCAUCGACAAGUACACACAGGACGUCUUCAUGUCCUUCGACAUCUAUGGUGGAAUUGUCGCUUUGAACGUCCUCAAGGAGAAAGGUGCCCCGGCACCCCAAGCGGAGAGUGUGGCAGAAGCCGUCAUCCGUCAUCAGGAUCCGGUUAAGGUUGGGACUAUUCAUUCUAUCGGCUUGCUUAUCCAGCUUGCUACGCAGUUUGACAAUCUUGGCGCGCACAAGGAGUAUAUCCAUAUGGAUACUGUGGAAGAUGUGAAUCAGCAUUAUCCACGUCGUCAGUGGUCGAAGUGCUUCUCGAGUAAGCUGAGAGAGGAAAUUGGCUUGAAGCCUUGGUGUCAUACUACUGCUGAAGGAGAGGGCUUUCCCGUUGGGAUCGAGAACAACACUUUGAUGGAGCCUUAUGAUGGACGGUUCUGAGUGGAAUUUAAUCAUAGAUGUCGUGGAACAUCUAUGCAGGUCGAUUCACAGACCAUAACGCCGCUAUAAAUUCUGAGAUGGAUUAAUUUAUUUCCCUUCCAUCCAUGUUGUAAUAGUAUGUAUGGUCACAGCAGCACAGACCUAAGUAAUCGAGGACAUCGCCUUCCAAUCGAAUUGAAACGCAGCGUGGAAAUUUCUAUUGGCCAUUUAAGCUCAGUCUCAUAGCGUUGGCUUCUUUGCGGCCUACCGACGAUGGUUCAUAGCAGCCCUGAUGUUCAGGAGUUGUGAUAUGAUUAUGAUAAUGAUUUUGGAUCCUGGGACAUAAACAAUUUGUAGUUCUGGAAGAGUCAACCCAGGUCUAAGUCAUAGUGAGACCCUUCUGUAGUCACUUCCAUCAGACGUUAUCGGUUCUGCUUUCUCUAUCCCCGGUUUAGCUUAGCUUCCUCAAGUCUCUAACAGCAUGGUUACCUUGAUUUAACAAGCCAGGUUAUUUUUUGAUUUGUCCCAAGCUGGUGAUAACUAGCUGAUACUGCUC